AUGGAUGACGCGGAAGUUGCCAAGAGCGAAGCUGAAACGGAGAGGGAAGAAUGCGAAGAUGAAGAACUGCCGAUCACGACCACCACGAAGAACGCGUUGAUAACGACCCAGCUUGGUCCCUGUGACGUUUAUCCGCAUCGCGUCAAAGUGUCCAUCAUCGGCGUAGGAAAGAUUGGAAUUGCCUGCGCUAUCGCGAUCUUGAUGAGAAGAAUGGCCAGCGAGGUCUGCCUGAUCGAUCACGACUCGAACAAGGCUUCCGCCGAGGCCGAGGAUAUUCAGCACGUUGGAGCUUUCCUGGGGUGUCCUCUGGUAACUGGCACAUCAGAUUUCAGUAUGGUGAAGGAAUCCGCAGUGGUGAUAAUUUGCACUCGCGAAACCGCACCUGGUGAAAGCCCAAACGUAAGACACAAUUUCAAGAUCUUCAAGAAAAUCAUACCUGCUGUAGCAAGAUUCGCAUGUAAAUCCGUUAUCCUGGUCGUUACUCAGCCGACCGAUGUGAUGUCCUACAUCGCCUGGAAACUAUCAGGAUUUCCUUCUAAUCGCGUCCUUGGUAUCGGUACACUGAUAGACUGCGCCAGGUUUCAAGACUUCGUGAGCAGAAGAUUAAACGUGGCGCGAAGUUCAGUUUCUUGUAUGGUGGUCGGAGCGCAAGGAGACAUGGCUGGUAUUUUAUACUCAAUAAUGAACAAUUAUCGUAUAUUGGACCGUGUAUCUUUUAUAGUUCCUAUAUGGUCGAGCAUCCAAGUGGGUGGAAUGAAGCUUCGGGAUAUAAAUCCUAGAAUAGGGGAACAAGACGACCCUGAGAAGUGGUACGAAAUCUCGGAGAACGUAAAGAACGUUGGUACACAACUGGAGGAGAAGAAAGGAUCGUGUUGUUGGGGCGUUGCUGUCUCUACGGCGGAAAUCGUCGAUGCAAUUGUUAGGAACACCAAAGUUGUGCUUCCGGCGUCAACGCACAUUCUCAGUUGCGCUCACGGUACGGACAAGGACGUGUACAUGUCCGUGCCCUGUGUGAUCGGUCGAGAGGGUGUGUACUGUACCGUGCGACAGAAGCUAAGCGAACAAGAGAAGUCAGCGGUGCAGACGUGUGCGGACAGUAUUCGAAGUAUACUACGGGAAUGCGGGAUUCUCCAGGAGACAAACCACGAGACGGAAUAGCGAGGAACGAGCGAAGAGAAGAAGAGGGACGUGGUAGAGUAAUCGCGAGACGGUGGACUGCGUGCUACCGGAAAUUACGCAGCAAGGAGUGCGAGAUCGAGGCGAAGGAUGUAACGUUUUAGAAGGCGUCUUCAUCAAUAACAAACGCGCGCACCUGGCGACCGGUUCUCUGUACGGGUACUCGAUCGCCAUAAUAAAUGACAGUACAGGAAUUGACUUUCUAGAAAACUAUCGUGUCCCUCGCGACAGACCGGUCGUUCGUGUAGUUUGUGUCCUAUUAUGAGCUAUUCGUGGCGUUUGUCGAUGGAUCAUCCGUGCGUUGAUCACGAGAUGCGACGUAUCUCGAUGGAAAGAUGGAGAAUGUAUCUCAAUCAGUCACAUAUAUAUACACACGCACGUAGUUGGGAUUUAUUGUAAAUUAUCAUCGUUGUAUUAUAACUUCACGUUGUUCGCUAUUUCAUUCGAGGGAAGAUCGAGGGCAGCUUUGGUAUUUACUCAACGACCGUUCGAAUAUUUCCGGCAAUAGAGUGGUGAAUGAGGAAGGAAGGGUGGUUCAUGCGGAGCGCAGUGUUCAAUUAGCAAUUUAAUAUUCGUGAUGG